UCUCUGCUCCCUAAUUGUGUCUCUGUCUCCUAGCACUCUCCCACUAUCUGCUUGUAUCAUUUCAUGAAAGAAAGAGAGAGCAGAACAGAAGCAGAGAGAAGGAUUGCGAGGGUAGUGUUAUCAGGAAGCCAGUGGGAGAGGGAGAGAAAGAGAGAGUAGGAGGGAGAUAAGAGGGGUGUAAGCCAUGUUUUGAGCACAGGCAACUGGCCGCUAAGACAAAAAAGAAAGAGUGAGAGAGAAGGAGAGAAAGUGCGAGAAUAGGAGACAAACGCCAGCAAGACACAAGAUGGCUACAGUCUCUUCUGAUUUAAAUGCUGUAGAGGGACCUUGCCUACCCAUACGGCGCCUGUUAUUGCUGGGGUUUCAAGGCUCCGGUAAAACCUCAACAUUGAACACCAUCUUGAGUCAAGUGAAAACCCCACCUGACCAUUCCCAAACAGAGCAACAUCAGCACUGUGUAGAAAUACUCAAAUGGAGACUGUUGCUCAUUGACACCCCUGGAUGGCAACUGGAAACUGGAGAUACAACUGACGAGGGGCACUCAGAGAACCAGCAAUUCAUUACUGAUCAAUGCUCUCCUGGUCCCCAUGCAGUUUUGCUGGUGGUUCCCAUUGGAACCCCGUUCACUGAGCACCACUGGCAAGGUUUGUGGUGUCGGGUCAGGGCUCUGGGAGCAGGAAUAUGGAGGCACACCAUGGUUUUGUUCACCUGUUUGGACCAGUUGUCGCAGGACAAGGGAGUGGAGGAAUUUAUUGUGGAUGGAGGGGCGGCGCUGCAGAGGCUUGUGGAAAGGUGUGGCUGCAGGUACCACACCUUGGAUAACACCUGCUCGGACAACGGCACUCAGGUUGCCGAGCUUCUGCAGAAAGUGGAGGAAAUCGUGCAGGAGAAUCAGGGCUGGUUCUUUGAGAUGGAGAAGCCAAACCUGAUGUUCGAGGAUGAAGAGUUUCAGGAGGAAAGAGAAGGUGAUGGAGUCGCAGAAGUGGAGAAGACACCAGCAAUGUUUAGAUCUCCACCAAGAGAGUUACGAUUGCUGUUAGUUGGCUGGCGUGGAGCUGGUAAGAGCUCAGCAGGUAAUGUUCUAUUGGGCUGUCGUGUAUUUGAAUCAGGACGCCCCACAGAGGUGUCUGUCCGCCGCCAAGCAUUUGUAGCUGGUCGACGGCUCACGAUUGUCGACACACCAGGUUGGGAUUGGUUUUCUGUCCAACGCACACCCAGCAACGUACGAAAAGAAAUCAGACAAGGGGCGGGGCUUCUUCAUCCCGGCCCACAUGCACUCUUAUUGGUCAUCCCUGUGGUCUCCACUCUCACUCCCAAAAAGAGACAGGCCCUCAAGAGCCAUUUGGAAAUGUUUAGUGAGGAAGCAUGUCUACACACGCUGGUUCUGUUCUCGUGUGGUGAUUGGCUGUAUGGCACAUCAAUUGAGGAUCAUAUCCAACAGAAUGGAGGUGAGCUGUUGAAACUGAUGAAACAUUGCUGGAACUGUUAUCAUGUGCUGGACUGUACAAAGGCCAACCAGGACAGGACACAGGUGACUGAACUCUUGCAGAAAAUAGAGGAAAUGGUGGCAGAGAAUGGACAGAAACCUUUCUUACCUGUCAAACUGAACCAAGAACUAGACGAGGAGGAAACGAGUGGAAGAUGCAUUAUGCAGUGAAGAAUGAGGCAAUCUUAGUGUGCACAUCCAGAGCUUUAAAAAGAUGUACUAAGAAGAAAGUGAAAAUGACUGAUCUUAUGAAUUCUGAAAAAAACUGAUUAUUACACAUAAGGUUAUUCAUACUGUUUGUAUUCCAUCUUAAUCAUAAUAUGCAACAGGGAGAUUCCACUGCUUUUGAACUCCAUGGAAAACAUGUUAUACCUAUGUAUACAUUCAUUUCAGAAGUGCAACCUAAACUUCUGGCUUCUCAAGCAAUGUAAAGGGGUUAGCCACUGGACUUUCGUGAGUUUAAAAUUAGGAACCAUCACUUUUGCUAGAAGUAUAACAUGCACAAAAUUGUAUUGAUGCUGAAUAUUUGCUAGGAUUAUGUGAGAUGCAUGUUUAACAACACACAGACCAAAAUGAUUCUAUCCAUUUCCAAGGUGUAUAACAGGCCUCUCUUGUACUGUAUAUACAGUAUUUACACAACCUACAUAACCCAGAUUCUAUCAGGUGGUCUUGAUAACAUAUUGACUAUUUACUGUAUUUCAUGCACAUUCAAUGUAAUGUUAGAAUGUAGUAUUACUAUGUAGCUACUCAAUGUAAUAUUAUACCCAGUAUAUGCUGUAAGUGCACUGGAAUUAAGUGCACCUGAAAAAGAGCUGUAUUCUGGAGCAUAGAACUGUUUUUACAGACAAAAGACUGAACUGAAUGUGCCUUGAAUAUUUGUUUUGAAUUUGAUAUAACCAUAACUAAUAAGGAGAGCAUAUCAUACCUUAAGACAUUUAUGUAAGCAUGAUCUUCUACUAAAACACUUGAGCAUUGCGGGGCAUGGCUGCGCUACUCUUACAGCAAUAUGCACCUGCCCACAAAUAUUUGGUGCACUAUAUGGCAAUAUACUAUGAAAAGUGCUUGGGCACCCAUCUCAGUGUUAAAAUGUGACUUUUGACUGGUAAUAUAUACUAGAAGUUAAAUUCUUUUCACCUCAUAUUUUCAUAUUAAUAAUGGUUAAUUUUACUGUGAAAUAUGUGCAUUGAGUUGUGAUUCUUUAAAUUAAUUUCUAACUCCUACAAAGUGAAUAUUCCUUCAUAAUCUGUUUAAUCCAGUGUUCAAGGAAACUCUGUUACUGAUGUCAAGCUAAAUAACCACUUUGUCCGUAAUUGUCUUAACAGAAAAACUAUUCCAGCAUCUACCAUUAAACGGAUGGCUACAUAUGAAAUCAGUUGGAAUUUGGUUUGGUCUCUUCCUCAUAAACAUGUAUCGACUAAUAGAGCGGUGUCUUUUAAAAUAUAACACAAAUGCUAAUCUUGUUAAGGCUUUCUAAAUAUAUUGACAAAAUUAAGAAAAAAUUGACUUUUUGUGAGGAAGAUGAGACAAUUUAACACGUUUUAUGUGAUUGUCAUUUUUCAAUCUUCUUGGGAGGAUUUGAGCAAAUAAAAUGCAAAAAAACUGAUAUCCAACAUACGUAUUAACACUAUUUUUUUUUUUUUUUUUUUACUACAACAAAACAGAUUCAGUAUAUCAGUUUGAAAAUUGUUCAUUCAUAAAUGUAAGUUGUUAGGCAAGAAUCCACUCCUCCCUCUCUAUUUGGUUGAUUCAAUUUAUAUGUUGCAUCUUUUUUGGGCAACAACAAUAACAAAAAUGUCAAUACUGCUUUUGAUUUAUAACUUCCAAUUGUUUUCCCGCUGUUUUUUUUUUUUUUUUUUGCAUUAUUCUUUUUCAAAGCAACCUCUGUAAGUAUGCAGAUUGUUCUUGGCAUUAAUAAUAAUAAUAAAAAAACGUUUAUAAUGAUUGUGUUGGAUAUUUGAUGCAGUUAUUCUUGGUCAUGUAUUAUAAUUUGUACUAACUUGCUUUGGACCAAACGAGUCUGCUAAAUGACAAUCAACAUAGGUAGUAAUGACAUCCUGUCUGUUAAUGUGUUUAGACUUACAGUACUCCAUUUUUGCUGCAUCUUCAGCAGACUUUUCUGACCUUAGUCUGCCAGUAA